GUUUACAUGUGCUAAGAGUUAAAUAUAAUAAAAAUCGAAACAAGACACAUUUACAGUAAUCUGCAAUGUUCUCAGAAAUGUGAUAUUAUUUUUUAUUAUGUGACCCUGGACAACAAAACCAGUCUUAUGGGUCAAUUUUUCGAAAUUGAGAUUUUUACAUAAUCUGAAUUACUAAUUCUAUAGAUAUAUGAGUUGUUAGAAUAGGACAAUAUCUGGCUGAGAUACAACCGUUUAAAACUCUGGAAUCUGAGAGCGCAAAAAAAUCAAAAUAUUGAGAAAAUUGCCUUUGAAGUUGUUAAUCAGGGGCACUGUGGCAGACUCACAAAAAUAAAGUUUUUAUAUAUUUAAGGUAGGAAAUUUACAAAAUAUCUUCAUGGAACAUGAUCUUUACUUAAUAUCCUAAUGAUUUUGGGCAUAAAAGAAAAAUCGAUAAUUUUGACCCACACAAUGUAUUUUUGGCUUUUACUAAAAAUGUUCCCGUGCUACUUAAGACUGGUUUUGUGAUCCAGGGUCACAUAUUACAUCUUAAACUAAAUGACAGUGUCAAUAUUCAUUUAAAAUGGUUCUCAAUCUACAGUAUUCAAAGCUCGAUGUACUACCAAAAAUGAAAACAUUAACUCUUUCACGAGUUCACCAUGCACAUUUAAUUUGAAUACAGUAGAUAAUACUAAACAAACUUGGCUUGCUGUCCAUGAAAGGGUGCAAACCAGAGGCUGGGCUCGAGCUCCAAGCUUAACCCCUCCUUCUAAUAAAACUGCACAGAGGAAAGAGAAUAAGAGCAAAGUAGGAGGAGGGAUGCCAGAAGAACUGACGUUGGGGCGGCACAGACACUUCCACUUACUGUAUAUACGGUCUUAAUGAUGAUUGACAAGAAUGAAUGUUCAGGCUCCUCCUGAACCUACGUUUAGAAAUUAAUUUAGCCACACUUCAGAUGAAAGCCAGUCAAGUCUGGUAACUGUUAUAAAGUUGAUAAAGCUAUUAGAUAAAUGGGUCAAUGACGUAUAAGGAUUUUCGACAUGCCAAUUUUAAAAUACAAAUAAAUUAUUAUAUCUAUUGCAGUUAUUCAAACAUUAAGAAUGUGGUGUACACAUAAAUGCAGAUCAAAAUUUUUUCGACAUGCCAAUUUUAAAAUACAAAUAAAUUAUUAUAUCUAUUGCAGUUAUUCAAACAUUAAGAAUGUGGUGUACACAUAAAUGCAGAUCAAAAAUUUUUCAUCUUUUUCGUCUAUGAAUUGGCCAUAGCCCUAAAAAAUGUCAUGUGGUGCGACUGUGAUUUAUCUUAAAAUGAAUUAAUUUUCUUAACAUGCUAAACAUUUUUUUUACAAAUCUUUAUUAUUUAAAGUGUUUAUAAACAAAGUAUUACAAUUUCUUUGAGUUUUGGUUAAUAAUCAUCUCAUAUUUUUGCUCUAUAAUUUUGUCAUGCUGGUUGGAAGUCUCUUAACAUCCUGAUAGCAAUCAAUAAGUAAAGUGAUACAUUGGUAUUUUUAUAAUUAUACAGUAUAUUGUCUGUGAAAGGCAUAGGACCAAAAAACGUUUGCCCAAUCACUGCCCUCGGUGCGAGGGCAAUGAUAGGUCAUGUGUCGAUUUUCAGUCAACGUAUUUUGCAUCCCACUGCGCGCCCUGUUCACGAAGACACCAUACGUCACAUACACUGUUCAGACACAGCGGGAGAAUGGCAGGUAAACACCUAGAACCAAACUUUCCCCCUUGUUAAAUGUGUGCAAGUUUGCAAGUGGCACUUGCAAAGGACAAAAUAUUUUUUAAGAAGGCCAUCUUAAAAACUGCCACGACUAAAAACGUCUAAUCAGCAAAGGGUUUUCUCGCAAGCACGAUGUCAGACACUGUAAUAUUCUCUGGCCCCCUCACUGCUUAUCGUGGUGAUGAGAUUUAUAGCAGAUUAUCAUCACUAAAUGGCUGGUUGUCUGAGUGGUGCCAGCAAAAUGAUAUAGUUUUUAUAAAUAACUGGAAGAGUUUUGAGGGCAGACCUGACCUGUUAAAACGAGAUGGUCUCCAUCCCUCCUGGGCUGGGGCUUCCAUCCUGUCUUAAUAAAAAGUCUUAAUAAUGCUAAUGCUAAAGCUUGACUCACUAGGGCCCAGGUCAGGGAGCAGACAGAAUGGCUUAACCAACUGUCUGCUUGCCGUCUCACGUCGCUGAAUACACAAAAUGUACAACAUGUAAUAAUCCCUUCUCCCGAACAUCAUAAAAUAGAGACUGUGUCUGUCCCCCUGAUUAGCAAACAUAAAAUAAUGCGUAAACCUCUUGAAAGUAAUUUAAUAAACGUUAAACAAAUUAAACAUGAACAAAAUACAGAUAAUCAACUGUUACGACUCGGAUUGCUAAAUAUUAGAUCUCUCUCUAAUAAAGCAUUUUUUGUUAACGAUAUGAUAACAGAUCAUAAAAUAGACAUGCUGUUUGACAGAAACAUGGCUAAAACCAGAUGAUUAUAUUACUUUAAAUGAAUCUGUCCGCCAAGAUUAUUAUUAUAAACAUGAGCCUCGUCUAAAAGGCAGAGGGGGAGGUGUCGCAGCACGUUACAAUAACUCUAUUAGCAUUUCCCAGAAGUCUAACUCUAAAUACAAUUCUUUUGAAGUCAUGGUACUUCAUGUUUCAACACCUAAAUUAAAGGUGUUUUUAAAAUUUAUUCUGGCUAUUGUAUAUCGGCCUCCAGGGCACCACAGAGAUUUUAUUAAAGAAUUUGGUGGGUUCUUAUCAGAACUAUUACUGGCCGCAGAUAGAGUCCUUGUCGUUGGUGACUUUAACAUCCAUGUAGAUAACGAUACAGAUGCCUUAGGAAUGGCUUUCAAAGACACUCUUAACUCCAUGGGUUUUUGUCAACAUGUGUCAGGAUCCACUCACCUUCUUAAUCAUAUUUUAGAUUUAAUACUGUUUUACGGUAUAAAUGUGGACGACGUUAAAAUCCUUCAGCAGAGUGAAGACAUUUCGGAUCAUUAUCUGGUAUUAUGUUUGCUUCACUGGCCUACGGCUGAAAAUAAAACUCAUUGUUACAAAUAUGGUAGAACAACAACUUCAACUACCAAAGAUGCGUUUCUCGAUAAUCUGCCCGAAUUGUCUCAAAUCGCUAGCAUGAGAAAUAACUGUAGUAUGUUCGUGUAGGGUGAGAAGGAAGAGGUCGGGGUCGGGUUGACUACUGCAGAAGAAAUGUCUUUAUUGUCACACACGUUACUUGGAUGACGGCGCUACACGCCUCUGUUCACAGUCCCAGUCUUUAACCGGAGCUGACGAUCCUCUUGUAAAGCACUCCUCGUCUCGAACUCUCUCUUUCUCUCGCUCUCUCUGCAGUAGUCCCUGCUGGUUCUCACACACCCGGCUUCUGUCUCCAAGCUGCUUUUAUGCGUCCCCACGCCAAUUACUGGAAUAGAGGACAGGUGUUCAACAUUUGCACUUCGCACCCCAUUUACUCACCGCUUUUCUCUCAGCCUUCUCUCCCGCUGCAGACCUCGCUAAAUCACGCCCCCCUUGCCACAAUAACGUUGAAGAUCUUGACACUACAACUGAAAAUUUUAAUUACACCUUCUCGGAAACGCUAGACACAGUUGCUCCUCUAGUUUUAAAGAAGAUUAAAAAUGGCAGUCCCACACCGUGGUAUAAUGAACACACUCAGGCUCUAAAGAAAGUGGCCCGAAAAAUGGAGCGCAUCUUUAAGAAAACUAAAUUAGAGGUAUUUCGUACAGCAUGGAAAGAUAGUAUUCGAAAAUACAGGAAAGCCAUAAAAGCUUCUAGAUCCGCCUACUUUUCAUCACUAAUAGAAGAAAACCAGCACAACCCUAGGUUUUUAUUUAACACAGUGGCUAAAUUAACAAAAAAUAAAUCGUCAGUGACUUCUGAUCCUGUAUAUCAGCAUAACAGUGAUGAAUUUAUGAACUACUUCACAAAUAAAAUCCAAGAUAUUAGAGAAAAAAAUAUAACAAUGCAAUCAGAAGUGAAACCCGCUGAACAAACUAACUACAGCACCCUUAAGGAGAAAAUGCAAUUAUUUUAUACCGUAGAUCACGAUGAGCUGUCUAAAAUCAUUAGAUCAUCUAAAUCAACAACAUGCAUACUAGACCCUAUACCUACAAAUCUACUGAAAGAGAUGCUCCCAGAAAUUAUAGAUCCUCUUCUUAGUAUUAUUAACUCAUCUCUGACAUUAGGACACGUGCCUAAAGCAUAUAAGGUGGCUGUUACAAGGCCCCUUGUCAAAAAACCCCAACUCGACCCUAGAGAACUAGGGAACUACAGGCCUAUAUCAAAUCUACCUUUCAUAUCUAAAGUUCUGGAAAAAGUAGUUUCAACUCAAUUAUGCUCCUUCCUCCAAAGGAAUGACAUCAAUGAAGAAUUCCAGUCUGGAUUUAGAGCAUGUCACAGUAUAGAGACUGCUUUGAUCAGAGUUACAAAUGAUCUGCUAUUGGCGUCUGACUGAGGCUGUAUCUCGUUAUUGGUGCUGCUAGACCUUAGUGCUGCAUUCGACACCAUUGACCACAGCACACUAGUACAUAGACUCGAAAAUUAUGUCGGCAUUAAAGGAAUAGCUUUGAAAUGGUUUAAAUCUUAUUUAUCCGACCGUUUUCAAUUUGUAGCAAUAAACAAUGAGGUGUCACGCAAAUCGCAAGUCCAGUACGGUGUACCACAGGGCUCAGUCUUAGGGCCUCUGCUCUUCACAUUAUAUAUGCUACCUCUAGGAGAUAUAAUAAAGCGACACGGAGUUAGCUUUCACUGUUAUGCUGAUGAUACUCAACUUUAUAUUUCCUCGAAGCCUCAUGAAACACAGCAGUUCCAUCGAAUAAUGGAAUGAAUAGGCGAUAUAAAAAACUGGAUGAGUAACAACUUUUUAUUACUGAACUCGGACAAAACAGAAGCAGGGCUCUAGACUAACUUUUUGCACUGGUUGCACUGGUGCGCCACACAAAAGUUAGGUGCACCCAAAUUUUCGACCGCAUCGCAUUUAACACCGCUCCGGUGUUAAAAGUGAGUUUUACAAGUUCACUUUUUUUAAAAUCGCUGUCCAUAUAGGCAAUAUUGACUUGUAAAUGAUUAACAAACAAUCUGGUCAACAUAAAGUUAUUUAUUUGAAGCACAAUUCUACAAGAAAGCAGGGCUCUAGACUAACACUUGAGAGAGGUGGCACUGGUAUACCAAGUUAUUCAGUUGGUGGCACCAGCCCUUAAUUUGAUAGCACCAGAGUCGGUGGGUGAGGUAAGAAAAAAGAAUCACUAAAACUUCAUUAAAAUGUGUUUAAUACAUUAAUAAAUCAAUUAGAUAUUAAUACAAAUCAUUGUUUAUGACUGAAUUAUUUGUAUUGUAUAUGUAAACUCUCUUUCAACACUUUACCUUUAUUAUGCUGCUGCCUCUUCAAGAGCUUGCGCAAUAUACUGGAACACGUGUUUUGUUUCCCAACUGUUUGGUCACGAAACAAACUGAAUACCUUUACAAGGUUUCUUGUUAAUAUGGGAAUUUUUAGGUUAUUUUGUGCUAAUAUGUCCGUUUCAGAGUAAGAAGGCGUGAAAGAGAACUCCGUUUAGUAUUUUGUGCUCUGACUCUCUGGGUGCGCGCAUAUCUCAAACAACCCGAUACACGUUUGGCUUCUAUCAAUAGCGACUCACAAAUAAAUAGUAUUUAGCGUGAUCAUAACGUUUUGUAUGCUUUGCAGUAUUGUUAGAGAUCUUUAUACAAUAGUUUAGUGCAUAAAGUUUAAACACAUGUUUCCUGCAUUAGCUUCACACGUAUACAAUACUCGCAACACAUUUCGUUAUCUUUGCUGUUUUGUACCUUAGCAGGGGAAAUUCUUGUAUUCUGCAUAUUUAUUUAAGUUGCAAGAUUGAGCGCUUCACUCGUCUGCUCUUUCGGUCCUUCGCCUCUUACCAGUAACCCGUGAAUUACGUCUUUGGGGGCGGGGCACUGAUAGAUAAGAGAAUGGUUGAAGGAGGGGAGACGAAAAUGAGUGACUGAAUGCGCAGCUUGCGCAAUAUAACAUUUCUGCGCAUUAAAUUUAUAAUACGCAAAAAUUAUAUAUUGAUCAGUUUGACAGUCGCACCGGAGCGACCAUUAAGAAAAACUUGUCGCACUGGCAGGAAAAAUUGUCGCAAAAUGAGACCAUUUAGUCGCAGUCAAGCGUGUCAGAGCAUUGGUUAUGAUUUUCGGACGGAUCAGGCCUUAACUUAACAUUCUUAACGAAAAAGUUGUCAAUCGUUCUUUUCAUCUUCUCUCAUCAUCCGCAGCUACAUCCACUCUGUUUAUCUGAUGGGCCUAGGCUACUCACCUCUCUCUGUCUGACUGCAGCACAACAUUUUCAAACAUACACACACGUACAGGAAUAUCUGGACCACGGCCAAUCAGAGGGGGGUCCGCCCUUCACUAUCUCUGAUUGGUUUAGACCACGAUAUGGGCCUAAUGUGUCUGUUGUUGAACCACAGGGAGACUUUCGCAGAGACUUUUUUUCCCUCGAACGGCUGGUCGCACCGGUGCGACCUCAGAUUUUUUUUAGUCGCACCAUUGAGAAAUUAGGUCGCACUCUAGAGCCCUGAGAAGUGUUACUUAUUGGACCGAAAACUGCUAUACGUAACAACCAAGAAUACUGCUUAAGUAUUGACGGAUGUUCCAUAAAACCCUCGUCGUCAGCAAAGAAUCUUGGCAUUCUAUUCGAUAGUAAUAUGUCAUUUGAGAGCCAUGUCGCCAACACCUGUAAAAUUGUGUUUUUCCAUUUUAAGAAUAUAUCUAAACUACGUCAUAUGCUGUGACUGUCAGAUGCAGAGAAGUUAAAUUCAUGCAUUCAUGACAUCAAGACUAGAUUACUGUAAUGCACUGUUAGGUGGUCGCCCUGCAGUCUUAUUGCAAAAACUCCAACUGGUCCAAAAUGUGGCAGCUCGAGUUCUUACACGUACAAAAAAGUAUGAACAUAUUAGACCGGUUCUGUGAACCUUGCACUGGUUACCUAUAAAGCAUCGCAUUAACUUUAAAAUCUUACAUGGUUUAGCUCCUCAGUACUUGAGUGAACUCCGCUUGUAUUACAGUCCUUCACGUGCAUUACGCUCUCAGGCGUCCCGUCAGUUGGUAAUACCUAGAAUUUCAAAAUCAAGUGCAGGUGGUAGAUCCUUUUCCUAUCUAGCGCCUAAAUUUGGAAUAGUCUUCCCUGCACUGUCCGGGAGGCAGACACACUCUGUCAGUUUAAAUCUAAAGACUAGAUUUAGACUACUCUAGACUAAAGACGCAUCUUUUUCAUCAUCACAUUGUGAAAAGCGCUAUAUAAAUAAAAUUGAAUUGAAUUGAAUCUUUUUAAUCUUGCAUACACUACACUUCCAUAAUAUAAAGGGGUUUAGGCUCCAUUAGUUAGAUGAACCGGAACCAGGAACACUUCCAACAACAACUGGUGUACUUGUUGCAUCAAAGAGUGCAGAACAGUACUCUACUCUCAGCCAGUCUUGUCUCAUUGUUCCAAAUUUAAAACAGCGAGCAGGAUGCAGUUCAUGGCCAGACCUGAUAGUAGAGCAGAUAAUGGAAAGCGGCGACCUGACAAGAGCUGAGAUGAUAGAGCUGGAUAAAGUAGGACGUGGUCACUUGACCACAAAAUUUCAAAUGCUAUUAGAUUAUUAAUGAUAAUCUUAAAACUAUAAUUUACCUUAUUAGUAAGUUUAUUUAUUUUGAUUUAGCCUUGUUGUGCAAGCUCUCUGGAGCUUGUGCAGAGGCAGCAGCUUUUGCCAGAGGGGAACUGUAAUCCCCUGGUUGGGCCUGGGUUCUCCUGAGUUUUUUUUUCUCAAUUAGAGUUUUGGGUUCCUCGCCACCGUUUGCAUACUGUUUUUUGCACUAUUUGCCUGGCCGGGGGGGCUGCUUUAGAAUUAGAAUUUUAAAGUUUUACUUAAUUAAUAUUGCAUAUAGGAAUUUAUAUUUGACCUGUGCUUCUCUCUCCUUUAUCUUAAAUGUGUGCUCUCACUGUGCAUGCAUGUCUGUGUGCGUGUCUGUGUGUGUGCGUACCUGUGUGUCUGCGCGUCCGUGUGUGUGUGUCUAUGUCUAUGUGUGUUAGUACGUGUGCAUAUUGUGUGUGUGGAGUGUUUUGUAUGUGGGUAUGUCUGUCUUCUGUGUUUUCACAUUUUUCUUGUUUUUACAGGUACAACUUUAAUUGUUUUGCUUAUAGUCAAUAUGUCUCAUGUACAGCUGCUUUGUAACAAUGAAAAUUGUAAAAAGCGCUAUAUAAAUAAAGUUGAGUUGAGCAAAGAGUUAAAGCAGAAUUCCAUUCGUGAAUGCAUUCCGGUCCCUGGCGGUCGGUUCGCAGGGGUUUCUGGGGAUUUCCCGCUCGGUCUGUUCGCAAUUUUGUUUCCGGAGGUUUCAACAGGAGAUGUGUGAAAAAUGGGAAAAUCCUGGCCAAAACAGCAGUGUUGACGACGGGUAUGAUUAUAAUCAGUGUUGCUUCUCCACGGUGGGAGCAACUACGGGAGUCAAGGGUUUCAAAUAUGAUGCCAUGGGAACUUCUGGAUCGAAGAACCGCGCGGCUCUAGAAGAAGAGAUUCCAGCACAGCCAAUCAGAGACGCGUUUACUAGUCGCGAGCAGCAACAAAAAGAUAUACGCUCACGUCAGUGAAUGGAGGGAUAAAUUAUGAAUCUCGGUGAUGGUCUGUUAUUUGAGCUGGAAAAUGGAAAGGCCAGGCUUGUGUUGUCUAAAUAUGGUGCUGAAUCCAAGUCCUUGAAUCAUCAAAAGUUCUUAAAGUCCUCUUGUCAGGUCCCUUCAAAGAAAAAAUCUUUAAGAAUCAUCAACUCAAAACAAGGUCUAACUCGACCAGAAAAGCCUGAACAGGACAAUAAGUGCAAAGACAAACCAACUACCAGUUAUAUAAGACAGAAUAUUACACAUGAACUCAGAAAGACCAAAAAUAAGAGCUGGUCAGAAACCAGCUCCAGCAGGGCUAACGGAGUCCUCUCAGAUAAAAAAGAAAAUGAUUCCCAUAUGGUCACAAAGAAGAAAGAGAGUUUAGUGUGUUUAACACAGGAGCAGUUUCAACAGAUACUGAGCACCAUCAACAAGACCACUGCAAAUGACCCACAAACCCAUACAGAACCUGUGGCCAGCUUAGAAGAAAACUGCCAUACCUCUACAACGGCUGAAGAGUUUCCUCUAAAUGGCAGUAGUCCUAUGCAAAGAGUGGCAGAAGUAAAGAAAAACAUAGAGCACAUGUCUCUCUGUGUUUUCAGGCGUCUCUCACAUGAGCAGCAGUCCGGGCUGUUCAGUACAUUCGGAGAGCGAGAAAGAGAGAGGGAUGCACUGGAGGCCCAAAGAACUGAAUGGAGAAGAGAGCUCGAUGAGCAAAUGGCUUUAAAGAGGAAACCGAGAGCUAACGUGAAGUCAAAUGAUAAGUCAUGUGAAGGAAGGCUUAAAAACACAAUGGAUGAGUGGGGGACAGCACAAACACCUGCUGAAAUAGAAAGUUCAAACCCCAAAGCUCAAAUCCAGACACAUAAGCAGCUGCCUGCUGCCAUCCGUUCAGCCUUCAUACUGGGGGAAGCUGCCCCUAUGGAGAAUGUUGUUAGCGCUCAAAGAGCAGAGCAACAGAGACAGUGGUUACAGGAACUGGAUCAGCAGAGAGAGGAGGCCAAACUACGUCGACAACGCGAGAAAGAAAUCAACAGCCAUCCUGAGGAUAUGGAGCGGUGGGCAGUUCAUUUUGAUUCUCUUCAUCGGGGCGUAGCAAUGGCGUCUGAGGACAGGGAACCUGACAUCAGCAGCUGUCUUUCUCACCGGUCUGUCUCUGGAGCGCUGUCUACAGCUUGGGAGGGCAUAAGCCUGUUUGGAGGGGAGAGUCUGGGCAGAGCCAGUGUUGAUACUGUUCAGGGAAAUCAACAGAGAACCAGCCAUCUUCGCACCAUGACAGCCUUGCUGGAUCCUGCUCAGAUUGAAGAACGUGAACACCGGAGACUCAAACAGCUUGAGCACCAGCGAGCAAUUGAGGCUCAGGUAGAAGAACGCAGACGUCAAAAAGAGAAAGAAGAGGCCACUCGACAGGCACAUGAUGAAGAGGAGGAGAGGAGAGUAGAGAUAGAGAGAGAGCGGCUCCAGCAGCAGUUUCUAAAGGACACAGAACGACAGAGACACAAAGAGGAGUUGCAGUUACGUAAAACUGAGGAGCUGUAUCUGAGUAUUCAGAGAGCCCAAGAGGAGGCGUUUAAAGACAAACACCUCCAGAGAAUCAAAGACUUGUCAAAAAAAGGCCACAAUGUUUCCAGACUACUGCGCAGCCUGGAAGGAGACUCUGUAUCUCAGGCCUUCAGUGGUCAAGAUUCACCUAAUACAUCGACAAGUUUGAUAUCAUCUGAGGUUAAAAUCCAGAGAGUGGAACCUUCUACAGCACCAUCUCCAAGAAAAGAUACCGCUGUUCAGACAGAGGUGAGCCAUCUGCUCGAGACAGAUGCAGUUUGUGACCCAGGAAAAGAGUCUCCCAACACCGCAGUAGCAUGCAUGGCUGCUUCAAACACACUGACCUCUAAGAAUUCCAAAAGCAGCGUUGAGAAACUGCCAGAGAAAAGUUAUGGCACUGUGCCCACAGAGGCCGAAGCCGACCCUUAUGAGCCUUACGCACGGACCGGCAGGAACGGCAAACAGCAGCCCACAAAAAAGCCUGAAUGGAACACGCAGAGGCCCAGUAAAGCUUUCAUCCCGGCGUCUGAGCGAUACCCUGAGAUUUUGCAGCGCCACAGACAGCAGAACAGGAAACACAGACAGAUGGAGCUCAUGACACUUGUGGAGAAAAACACUGUCUCACGAAUACUUCAGCAAGAUCCUUUACCACCACCCAUCAAUAACAACCACAGAUUAACAGCACAAAGACAUAUAAAUCCACAAAAACAGAGUGAAACCAAGCUGCAAGAAUCAGUCUUCACUGCUGAAAGUAGAGCGCUAUCUCCUGUUCCUGCAGUGAAGAACCGUCUACAGCAGCCAUCCCAGCAGUCCUCUCGGCAAAUGGUGGACAACAUGGGGCGCCCUCCCUCAUUAGACUAUGUGCCCUAUGUACGGACAGAUGAGGUUUACCACAUGGACCCCAUGGCUUCACACUCCAGACCCUCCACACAAGAAACCCAGCAGAGAGUCAACAUAGCGAGAAGCAGGCAGGUAACACCUCUGGUCCAACAUGACCCAUCACAUCCUAAAAGCACUGAAAGACAACAGGCCAUCCUAAAGGGUCUGUCUGAGCUUAGACAGGGUCUGCUGCUGAAACAGAGAGAGCUAGAAACCAGUUUAAACCCUUUACUUCAAACACAACAAAAACAACACUUUCCACCUUUUCGGCCAUGUGAGGCAAAGCUGCUUUAACACUAUCCCUGAAAUCAGCACUUUAUAUCAUCAAACAGUAAGCUCUUAAAAUGAAUUUAAGUUAGAGUUAAGAGCUUUAAAAUGUUUAUAUUGGCAUCUCUAACUGUGAAUUUAGGUAAUGAAAUUGUUCAUUACUUUGGCAGUGAUUUUAUACUUAUUGUGUAAUUGUGGUACCUGGUGAUUUGGGUUUGGGACUGAUUUGAGUAAUCUUGAAGUUUUGAGUUCUGGCUGGACUAUGAAUUUAAUAUAGUUUUCCAAUAUGCACAUG